AUGCGUUUCAUGCUGCUGUUCAGCCGCCAAGGGAAGCUGAGGCUGCAGAAAUGGUAUUUGGCCACAGCAGACAAGGACAAGAAAAAGAUGGUUCGGGAGUUGAUGCAGGUGGUCCUGGCCAGGAAACCCAAAAUGUGCAGUUUUUUGGAGUGGAGAGACCUCAAAGUGGUUUACAAGAG